AAACUUACUUUGCUGCAUUUGCAGAUACUUGUAGCUAUUAUACAGUUACUGUUACUUACUGGGUUGGUUCAACCAAACUGAACUCCGAGUUUAUUGCAUCGAUGAGAAUAGGCCUCUAUCCACAGAGCUAGGGACGGUGCUGUAGCUUUCUACCUGAAUGGCUGGACCAGGCGCCUCCUUUUCUUUGGAGGAUGUAUUGAAGCUGAAUGAGCCUCGAAACACAAACGAUGUGUUUAUUCUCGCUGUUCACGUUGCACUGCACAAUGCAUCAUUCGUUGGAACAGAGGUGAACGAAGUAAACUCCGUCAAGUUUGGAACUAGCCAGCUGUCGCUGCCGAAGGAAUGGAACCAGCAAGAGGAUGCGUACGUGAUUUUCUACACGCGCAAGUCCACUCAGUAUGUGCUGAAGGCUGUACCGGCCGAUGAUCUCUUCCUCUGUGGAUUCUUGGAGUACAACUCCUCUCCCGCGGAGUCAGGCAUGAAAAUGGACAUGUGGGAAGCCGCCUCCGCCAAGGACCUGUACAUCAAGGAUGGCGAGUCCUUAGUGCGCUCUGUCCAACACCCAGAAUCACUGCUGAGUACGAUCCAUGACAAGCUCAUUGCCAAGUUUGAAGCAGCGCCAACAUCUCUCGGUGGUUCCUCUACUAGCAAGCAACCUGAUCCCCGUCAUGACCCUGUGCUCUGGUCGUCAUACUCAGAGCCGAUUAGUAGUACUUAUGCAGACGAUGGAGAUGGAUUUGUACCCGGGGGUAUUAAUGUAGGCAGUGCUGAUCUCACACCUGGCGGCUUUGGCCACGGUGGUAUGAUGUUCGACCCUCGGCACCAGGGACCAUCGUCGGGCGUUGGCGGCUUUCCCGCCGGAGGUAUUGGCGGAGGUAUUGGCGGAGGCAUUGGCGGUGUGGGCUUUAUUCCCGGUGGACGUCUGCCUGCAGGAGCUGCUCCACCUGGUGCAAGAUUUGAUCCGUACGGUCCUGUUGGUCCAUUUGGCCCUAGAGACUUUGGACCCAACAAUGACCACUUCAGAAUGCCCGGUUUUGAGAAUGAAUUCGGACCGCCCAGACCUUCCGGGCCACGUGGCCCCGGGUUUGGUGGUGGAUUUGGAGGCGGCAGGGGACGAGGUGGCCCUGGAAUGGGUGGCAAUCCGUUCGGCGACUUCUAGUGUGACGAAAUGGUAUGUUGGUGUGUAACAUCUGUUGUAUAUUGAACUGUAAAUAGCUGUUAUCGGCGAUUUCUUUUGGACGUGAAGAACUUGUUGUACAUAUGAGAUGCGCUGUCUGGUAGUAAUCUCUUCGCUUUGUAUGCUUGCAGAAUUAGCUAGGUACACAUGUAUUUUACUACUUGCUACUGCUGCUGGAUGUUGGCUAUGCACAUGCACUAUUAAAUAGUUCACUGCUGCUGCCGCUGCUGCCUGGUGGGUGAAUGAUGUCUUUCCACCGCUGGACACACACCAUAUCUUGUAUUUGUACAUAAAUGUGGAGCAUCAUCAGUACUGACAGUAGGGUAUUAUUGUUCAACACUGCACGCAUAUUUUUUAUUAUCUUCACGAAAAUACUUUUUAACACCGUUUUCUUUGCCAUAAAUACUGUUCAUGCGCGUUCGUGUUGCUGUCACGAAAGAUCA